AUGCUUGAUCCCAACGCCAAGCAUCUCGAUUCUCAUAAUCACGGUGCCUGUGAAAGUCAGGGACAGACUCCUACCUUCAGCCGAAAAGAUCACCUUGUGCAGCACCUACGGCUUGCGCAUCACGUUGAAACUCUGCCCAUUAUUGACUCCUGGAAAGAUCAAGGCCCUCCAGUGUCAUCAAGAUGUGGCUUCUGUAACAUCCGCAUGCAGACCUGGCAAGAACGAGUCGAUCAUUUAACAAAGCACUUCCGCAAAGGCGCAACAAUGGACAACUGGAAGGGAGAACAUUGUUUUGAGUCUUCCGUCGCAGUCAAGGUUACUCAUGCAAUGCCUCCGUAUCUCAUCGGAGCCGAGUCAAGAGCCUUAAUUCCGUUCUCAGUCACCAGUCAUGGGACAAAGGAUCAUCUCUCCCAGAUCCAGCAAGCAACGGAGCAGAGCCUAGGAAUAUGGGAUGGCGGACUCACAGCCUCACCUAUCAGCGGUCCCUUGCCUUUGCCCGAGUUGACAACCAAGCCGGCGCUACUGAACUCGUUCAGCGAGAAAACCAGUUCCAUGACCUUUCCCGAGGUCUUGGCGUUACAUCUGGGCCGUUAUGCUCAGGAACAAAUGAGGCUAGGUAUUAUUCCCACGGAUAGGAUGUUUCAGGACGAGGCUAGGCGGAUCAUGUUUGAUUCUGUAGAUCCAUGGGAUCAGACCAUUGCUGAUGAUGACUGCUGGCUCUCGCUGUUUCGUGACCGUCAUCUCAAUAACGCACCGGUAAGCAAGGAGGGUUCGGCUUAA